UCUAUUUUGAAGAUGGCUGCCGUAAAAGUGUUGAAUCCAAAAGCCGAAGUUGCCAGAGCAGGCCAGGCCCUGGCCAUUAACAUUUCGGCCGCGAAGGGGUUGCAGGAAGUUUUAAAGUCCAAUCUGGGCCCAAAGGGAACGAUGAAAAUGUUAGUGUCCGGAUCAGGCGAUAUUAAGCUUACUAAAGAUGGAAAUGUUCUUUUACACGAAAUGCAAAUACAACACCCAACGGCUUCAUUGAUAGCGAAGGUGGCCACAGCCCAAGAUGACAUAACAGGAGAUGGCACCACAUCUAACUGUCUUAUCAUUGGAGAACUGUUGAAACAAGCAGAUAGAUAUAUAUCAGAGGGUUUGCACCCAAGAUUGGUGGCCGAAGGAUUUGAUCUUGCAAAAGUUAAAUGCUUGGAAAUUUUGGAUAAUGUAAAAGUUGUAAAGAAUAUCGAUAGAGAUGUCCUAAUAAAUGUUUCGAGAACAUCUCUCAGAACCAAAGUACAUCCUGAUUUGGCAGAUUUACUCACUGAGCAUGUGGUUGAUGCUGUGUUGGCCAUUGAGAAGAAGGGUGAGCCUAUCGACUUGCACAUGGUAGAGAUUAUGGAGAUGCAACACAAAACGGACAUGGACACUAAAUUAGUGCGAGGGUUGGUGAUGGACCAUGGUGGCAGACACCCUGACAUGCCCAAGAGACUUGAAAAUGCCUAUAUACUCACCCUCAAUGUGUCUCUUGAGUAUGAAAAAACGGAGGUGAACAGUGGAUUCUUCUACAAGAGUGCAGCAGAACGUGAGAAACUCGUACAGGCAGAACGAGCCUUCACAGAUCAGAGGGUACAGAAGAUCAUUGAAUUCAAGAAUAAAGUCUGCACAAAGGAAAAUAAAAAAUCGUUUGUUGUCAUCAAUCAAAAGGGUAUAGAUCCAUUGUCACUCGACCAACUGGCCAAACAUGGAAUCCUGGCAUUGCGUCGUGCCAAGCGUCGUAACAUGGAGAGGAUUCCACUUGCCUGUGGUGGUGCUCUGAUGAAUUCCGUUGAAGAUCUCAAACCUGACUGUCUUGGCACUGCUGGACUUGUUUAUGAACACGUUCUGGGUGAAGAGAAGUUCACAUUCAUAGAGCAGUGUGCCAACCCACAGUCAGUGACCAUCUUGUUGAAGGGACCCAACAAGCACUCACUCAUCCAGAUGAAAGAUGCCCUUCAUGACGGAUUAAGAGCUGUCAAGAAUGCCAUUGAAGAUGGGUGUGUUGUACCAGGAGCUGGUGCAUUUGAAAUAGCUGCAUACGAUGGUCUCAUCAAAUACAAGGAGACUGUUAAGGGUAGAGCUAGGUUGGGAGUUCAGGCUUAUGCUGAAGCCUUGCUCAUCAUACCCAAGGUUCUUGCUCAGAAUUCUGGUUUCGAUCAACAAGAUACCAUUGUGAAGCUGCAAGAGGAGUUCACUAGUGCUAAACAGCCUGUUGGUCUUGACAUAACCACAGGUGAGGUACUGAUUCCGGUGGAUGCUGGUAUCUUAGACAAUUACAGAGUAAAGAGGCAGAUCAUUCAUUCAUGCACUGUCAUAGCAACCAAUUUGUUGUUGGUCGAUGAAAUGAUGAGAGCAGGCAUGUCUUCAUUGAAGGGUUGAUCAAGCGAUUGGUCAAUUUAGUUGACAUCGAUCAAUUAAUUCAAUGAACUUUAUUAUUUUUAUUUAUAUUAAAUGCUAAAUUAUUUGGUUUGCAUUUUUAAGCGUUUCAAUAUUUUCUGUGUCAUGUUACUUCUCUGUGCUAUCCUAUGGUAGGAAAUUAAUUGAUGAUAUCCUCUUGUCAAGUGUGACCCAGUCCUUUACAUUUCUGCUUUUUAAAGAAAAUUUCUACUUUUAUAAAAGUUUUGGCUAGAUCUUUUUAACCUGCUAUGUUAAAUAUUUUUAUUACAUUAAUUAUGUCUUACUAUAUUUUAAAACUUGUUAACAGAAAUGUUAUUAAUCUCUAAGCUUAAAAGUGGUCAACAUUCUUUCUCUGCACUACUAUUAUUUCAUCCAGGUUAUUGAACUUUGUUAAGUUCUAAACGUUGUUUUGAGCAUAACAAUAAAAUGACGUCAUCGGCUACUAAA